AUAUGCCGCCCAAAAAAUGUUGAGCGGAUUUUAGAAUUUCAUAAUUCUUUCAGGAAUCAGGAUAGCCCAAAUCCAAAACCCAUUUUUUAUAGGCAAGAUCCAAAAUUAGCUUAACCUCGAAACCCUCCGGCCACGGUGAACCCCAAACCCAUACCCAUUUCGAUCUGCGUGGAGAGAUUUAGGGUUUAAGCUAUGGCUCGGAAGUAUCAGCAUUCUGACUCCAGUGCUUCAGAUGAGGAAGGUGAAAUUCGUGGCGGACAUCGCUCUAGUGAUGAUGAAGAAGAAGAAGAAGCUGAAAGAGAAAAAGGCAGGAGUGGGUCUGAGCAUCGAAGAGAAGGCGAAGAUAAGAAGCGCAGCCCUAGUUCUGAUAGCGGUGCAUCUCCCCGAUUAAGCGAUGGUAGAAGAAGAGGGCAAUCUGAUGGGCGUGAAGUCGCCGGGAAAGAUGAACCAGAGAAGGAAAGGGGGAGAAGUAGAAGAGGUAGAGAAGAUGCCGGCAGGCGGGAAAACGAAAGUAGCAGAAGAGACAAGGAAGAAAAUUACCGCACUAGGGAUAGGGAUGAAGAGAAUUACCGCACUAGGGAUAGGGAUGAAGAGAAUUACCGCGCUAGGGAUAGAGAUUAUGAGCGGAGGCGUAGGAGUGGACGUGAAGGGGAUAAUAAACACGGGAAUGGGCACCGGAGGAGACAAGAUGAUGAUCAUGACGAUGAUGAUGUUAGGGAUAGGGAGCAUAAAUCACAGCGCCAUGACUCUGAGGAUGAGAGUGAGAUGAAGGUGGAGCGGCAAAGGCACCGGGACAGGGCGGAGGAUGACGGUGGAAAGAAUGAUAGGAGGGAGAGGAAGCACCGGAGGGACCGUGAAGAGUACGAUGGCAAUGAUCACAGAAGGGAAACUGACCGCAGGGGUAGGCAUAGGGAGGACCCAUAUGAAGAUUAUAGGGAUUCUAGAAGAGAAGAACGUAGGAGGGAGAAGGAAAGAGAUAGGAGGGUUAAUAAUGCAGAGGAUGGUGAAAAAGAUAGAAGGUACAAAAGUGGGGAAGGGAAGUAUGAUAAAGAAAAUUAUAACAAUGAGAGCAAACAAGUACGUGCAGAUGAUGCAAAGUUGAAUGAGGAUUCUAAAGUGUCAAAGCAGGAAGGAAAUGUGAUUACACAGACUGCCAAUUUGGGAAGAAGUGGAGGAGUUUAUAUCCCUCCUUUCAAGUUGGCAAGGAUGAUGCAGGAUAUACAGGAUAAAAGCUCAGUUGAAUACCAAAGAAUGACUUGGGAUGCUCUUAGGAAGAGUAUAAAUGGGUUGGUGAACAAAGUGAAUGCAACUAAUAUAAAGAACAUCAUUCCAGAAUUGUUUGCUGAGAACCUGAUUCGUGGAAGGGGUCUGUUUUGCCGUUCCUGUAUGAAGUCCCAAAUGGCUUCUCCUGGUUUUACAGAUGUAUUUGCAGCAUUAGUUGCUGUUGUGAACACUAGGUUCCCAGAGGUGGGUGAUCUUCUUUUGAGAAGGAUUAUAUUACAACUUCAAAGAGCAUAUAAACGUAAUGAUAAGCCCCAGUUGUUGGCAGCAGUUAAAUUUAUUGCUCAUCUUGUGAACCAACAAGUAGUUCAUGAGCUGAUUGCUCUAGAAUUACUUGCUGUUUUGCUCGAAAAUCCCUCAGAUGACAGUGUUGAAGUUGCUGUUGGUUUUGUUACUGAGUGUGGAUCCAUGCUCCAAGACCUCACCCCCCGUGGGUUGCAUGGUAUAUUUGAGCGGUUUCGUGGGAUACUUCAUGAAGGAGAGAUAGAUAAAAGGGUUCAGUUCUUAAUUGAAGGUCUCUUUGCAUUACGUAAAGCAAAGUUUCAGGGGUACCCUGCGGUACGUCCAGAGCUUGAUCUGGUAGAGCAAGAAGAUCAGUUGACCCAUGAAAUAUCUUUCCAAGAUACUAUAGAUCCUGAAAUUGCUCUAGAUAUUUUUAAGCCAGAUCCUAAUUUCUUAGAGAAUGAAAAGAAGUAUGAAGAAUUGAAAACGGCAAUCCUAGGUGACGAAUCUGAGGAAGAAGAAGGGGAUUCUGAAGCUGAGUCUGGGGAUGAUGAAGAAGAAGAUGAUGAAGAUGAAGAAGAGGAUGAAGAGCAAAUGAAAAUAAAAGAUGAGACUGAAACAAACUUAGUCAACCUUCGGAGAACUAUCUAUCUGACAAUUAUGUCGAGUGUUGACUUUGAGGAAGCAGGCCAUAAGCUGCUGAAAAUUAAACUUGAGCCUGGUCAAGAGAUGGAGUUAUGCAUAAUGCUUUUAGAGUGCUGCAGUCAGGAGAGAACUUACCUCCGUUACUAUGGUCUUUUGGGGCAGCGUUUUUGCAUGAUCAACAAAGUUCACCAGGAGAACUUUGAGAAGUGUUUUGUGCAACAAUACUCGAUGAUUCACCGUCUUGAAACUAAUAAACUGCGAAAUGUUGCCAAGUUUUUUGCACAUCUGCUUGGAACUGAUGCAUUGCCUUGGCAUGUUCUGGCUUACAUACGGCUUACAGAAGAAGACACUACCUCUUCUUCUCGUAUAUUUAUCAAGAUUCUCUUCCAGGAAUUGUCAGAACACCUUGGAAUCCGCUUGUUGAAUGAUCGUCUUAAUGACCCGAAUAUGCAAGAAUCCUUUGACUCAAUUUUCCCAAAGGAUAAUCCAAAAAAUACUCGGUUUGCAAUCAAUUUCUUCACAUCCAUCGGUUUGGGUGGGAUUACAGAAAACCUUAGAGAGUAUUUGAAGAAUAUGCCACGGCUAAUCAUGCAACAACAGAAACCUGUUUUAGAAUCAGAUGCAUCUGAGAGUUCUGGGUCGGAUGCUUCAGAGUCUGAAUCUGAGUCGGGAUCUGAAUCAUCCAGCUCCGAGGAGGAAGAUACACGAAGGAAACGGAGGAGACAUUGAGUGAUGUAUCCAAAUGUUUGUUUGAGAUGUAUUUUAUUAAUGAAUGAAUGUUGUAGUGCAGAUUUGAGAUUUUUCAUACAUAACUAUAUUAACUAGUAGUCAAUUAGAUCCACAGAGAUUUUGCAGCUGAUGGUGAAUUGUUGUUUCCAAAUUUGCUUGCACGCAACUCAAAAGAGUCAAGAUCCAGAGUCUGCGUUAAGGCAAGUUUUCCAUUUUGUGUUAUGCUUUUACUUGAUUGCAAGAAUGACAGAUUUAUCAAA